GGACUCCGUGGCGCACCCCGGGGGAAGGGGGACUGGCCCAUAGGACUGGAGAAGAGCCCCAAAUCUUUCUGCUCUGCGGCAGACAAGCGUCCCAUCAGGUAACAGGGAUGGCUCUGUCCUGGUGCCUCUGCCUGGUCACUGCCCUCCUCUGUGGCCCCUCCUCUGCUCUGGCCCCCGAAAACGAGGUGCCGCUCAGGGCCACUUCCUGGUUACUUGACUCCCAGGUAACAUCCAUCCAUCUACCCAAGGACCGGACCAGGAGGCUGUACUUCACCCUGAAGAAGAAGAUCCCCAUGAUGUCGGUCACCGUCAGCCCCUGCGACGUGCCCAUCGAGUGGACUCUGAGCGCCAGGACGCUAAAGGACAAGCCCUUGAAGAACCUGCACUGGAGCUCCAAGAAGAGCAUGCCGGAGGUGUGGUGGAGGGGGCCCGGGAUGGAGGUGAAGAUGCACAGCUACACCGGCAACGAGGUGGAUACGUUCAGAGGUCCGGCCUACGGCCCAGCGUCCAUAUACAUCCUCAGGCUCAAAUCCCGGGAGCAGGACACCAGGGCGUCCGUGUACCUGCAGGAAGGUCCCGAGCCCCUGGGGGCCUUCCCGGAGCUUCCCCCGGACCCCCGCGUCCACACGGUGGGGGUGGGCAUGACCAGCGUCACCCUCAGCUGGUCGCCCAGCAACUCGGUCCUGAGGCUCCCGCCGGGCGGCAGCGGCUACCGCUACUGCGUGCUCGUCAACCGCAAGCACAACUACAAGAGCCUGUGCGCCGCCCAGGAGGCCGCCAAGGAGCGGAGGGGCGGGAAGAAGAAGGCAACGCCGUGGCCCAUUCUCAAGGAGUGGUGGUGGCAGCAGUGGGACUCCUUCGAGGAAGGGGAGGAGGGCGCCCCCGCGCUGGACACCCCUGCAGGGCCGCAGUGCGUGUGCGAGGGAGCGGAGAACGUGUGCACCGUGUCCGAGCUCACCCCGGACACCCAGUACUACUUUGACGUGUUCGCCAUAGACGCGCGGAACGGCACCAGCUCGGCGUACACGGGCACCUUCGCCCGCACGCACGAGGAGGCGCGGCCAGCGGUGGCCCAGCUGAGGGAGGGCGAGCGGCGGUGGGUGCCGCUCCAGGGGGAGGGGCGACAGAGCGGUACUCUCUUCAGCUUCCACCCCCAGGGCUGGCAGCGGAGCGCCCUGCUCACCCUGCAGAGCUGCGGGGCCCAGGGCGUCCAGCUCACCGUCUCCAACAAGGGCCACAUCCUGGCCUCCCAGUCCGUGGGCCAGGAGGUGGCGCAGGUCUGGCUCCAGGGAAAGCCCUCGUACCUGAUACACCUGGAGGGAGGGACCCCCGCCCCGUGGAGCUUGGCUUCUCCCGGCCCCGCCGUCAAGCUGCAGGUCUCCUCCGCCUACCACCGGCAGGCCCCGCCUUCCCUCCCAGCCACCCUGCAGAUCAAGUCCUUCAACAGGCUGCGGGGCUGCAGGUCAGUGACUCUGGCCUGGCUGGGCACGGAGGAGAGGAGUCUGUACUGCGUUUACCGUCGCAGGCUGGCCGAGGCGGAGGGGGAGAGAGCCAGCGAAGACAGGUGCCUGGGGCCGGAGUCUCGCAGCGACGCCGAGAAGGUCCUCUGCAAGUACUUCCAGGAGCUGAACCCUCGACGAGCCGUCACCACGGCCACCAUCGCAGGCCUGGAGCCCGGGGCGGCCUACGUGUUCGACGUGUAUCUAAUGAGACGCUGGGGGAUCCCCAUCAAGUACCGCAGCAAAACAGUGCGCACAAGGAAGGACUGCUGAGCAUCUCCUACCGCAGUCUCAGCAAACGACAAACUCAACAAGCGAAUCAAAGCCACGGGAGGGUGGAAACUUCUCGUAUCUGUUUUUGAUUUCUUUUUUCUUACCCAGUUUCCUCCUCAGAGACACUGACCCCCAUCGGAAGGGGCAGAGAGCCACAGCAGCAGCCACCCUGACAGUGGACUGUUGACUUUUUUUUGUUGUUAUUGGUGUGCUAUUGUCGCAGAUUUUUGAUUUCCACAUACCAGCUGUCUGAACCCUUCUUUAUAUCGUGCUUGAAGCCAACCAACCAACAAAGCUUGAGUUUAGCUCAGAUUAAGUUAGCCACACAUGCUAAAGCACAUUCUCCACCUGCGAGGAGGCAGCAGAGGGCUGAUACAGGGGAGGCGAAAUCACUGCAGAUACCGGGCACGGUUUUAUGACCACACGCAUCAUGGAUGAACCAAGGUCGCGGUACGCAGUGAGACUGACGCAGAGUUAUGACCCCGGCAGCGAGUCAGCACGUGUUCUCUGUUCUGAUUUAGCGUGUGGGAGAGCAGAGGAGACAGUCGUCCGCUUUACUGCCGCAGAUUGCCGCGUUACACUUUAGUACACCGAUAAAACAGAUCAUAUACAUUCCAACAAAUCGCGCAAACCACAAUCAAGCUUUUCUAUAAAGUCGAUCCCAACAUUUACUGACAAAUACGCGAAAUUGCUCUUCAUUAAUGACAUUUUCUUUGUUUUAAUCUCAUUACAAUGUCAAAAAAACUUUGUAAAUAUACUGUAGACUAUAAUAAAGUGUUACAUAACGAGAAACACGUGUAUGUUAUAUUAAGUACAUUUGUAUGUUAGGAAACUGUAAUACAUCUCACAUUUUGAAAGUCAAACAACAAUGGGAAAAUAUAAAACAUCAGUUCAAUGCAUGAUACUGUUAUUAUGUUAACUUGUUCAGUAGAUGUCCCAACAUCUGUACUAGGAUAUUUUCAUGUGCUAUUUUCUUAUUUUAAGAAAAGUAAUUAUUGUUGUAAUGUCCACUUACAUUAUAGUUAUUUUUGUAGUUUUAGCAUUUUAUUAUGGCUUUAUUCAGAUAUGCCUAUUUACCUGUAUGUUGUGCCAUUUAAUCGCACAGGUUGUGUCUGUGUGUCUGUA